AAGUUUGUCAAACAUUUUCAAAAAAUAUAAAACAAACCUCAAUAUGUACACUUUACUUGUUUCUUGGUUACUUGUCUCUUUAAUUUUAUUUUUUGCACAUUAUUGGACAAGAGGAUAUUUAUAGCAAAAUUGUGAAAUGCUUUAAGGAAAUUUGAAUAUCUGACAACAGAAAUGGAGUUCGGGCAAUUUUACAGCAAAAAGACGGUGAAAUUGUCAGGAUGCCAUUAUUUAGAAGGUUUUUCCUUUGUUUUAGUUUACGAAGCGGUGCCCUUACUAUUGCAUAUUCUGGACUUGUUAUUAUCAUAAUUGACUCAAUAUGCACUAUUUAUAAUACUAAGUUUUGUGGAGAAAUUAAGAUCAUGCGUAUUAUUUCCACCAUCUGGAAUGUACUGUCGGAAAUAGUUCUUUUGACUGCCGUUUAUCGGGAAAAUCCUAAUUUGCUGCCCGUCCACCUGGUAACGUGUCUUUGUGGACUGAUCCUCGAAAUGUCCAGUCACAUGAUAAUCGCUGGAAUCGGUCUGAGUGACUCAUUUUUGAUCGGCUAUGCAUUCUUCGCAAUUGGCUAUGUGUCUGCAGACCUGAUGAUCGUGCUGAGCUACUACCAUUCGGAGGUUUAGUGGACUACUCCGAUUACCCAUUAACCCAGGCAGCCGAGCGCAGCAUGUAGCAUUUGUGGUGCGCGAUUAGGCGAGGAAAUUUAUUUGGAAAAUGUUGCGCAAUCUGUUCAGUGCAUAAAUCGUGGCCAAUUGUCACCAGCGAAUUGGCAACUGAACUCCAGCGACCUGCGUUUAAUUAUCGCCCCACUAGCGCACGGUGUGCUACAUGCGUGCUAAUUGACCAGGCUGAGGCCCAGCUCCAGUCCGAAUCCCGGCUCCGUAUACCAGUAACAGUCACAGUACCAGACCAGUCCAAAUGUCCAAAUGAUAACCGCGACGAUGAAACGCAUGCUGAGCCAAAUGAAAAUUAUGUUGCAAUCGUCGAGCGUGCUGCCCGCUGGCUGGUCACUGAACCGGGGGCUUGCACCACCAUCCAUCCAGCGGGCCUUAAUUAAUUUCCUUGAUUAAUUGAAAGUGCGCCUGGCUCGUAGUAUUUUCAUUUUCUGACUUGUUUUUUUUUUCUUUGUAAGCCGUAUAAUAUGUAUUUUUGGCAGUGCAAAGUUGAAGGCAAUAAGAAAAAUUGCACCGGAUUCGAUUCGGUAGUAUAUGAUGGGCGGUGCCCUGGCCAACCCUUGGCCAUUACUCUUGGCCCGAUUCCUUUCCUUUUCCCCAGCACUGGUAUUCGAUUAUGGCUGAAAUUAUGAUCCCUGCAGGAUUUGGUGUAAUUACUUUGGGAUGCUCUGUAAAAUAAAACAAAUAUCUUUUCGUUA